AUGGAUCUCGCCAAAAACCUCCUUCGCAUAACAGCGCGAGCAUUCUACUCGACCGAAGACGUCCUCAUCGUCGACGCCCUCGGCAUCCACAGCACUCUCACAGACGCCGACCUCGCACACUGUCUAGGCACCAACAAGAAAGAGCUACGGAAGCAAUGCGGCAAGCUCAAAGACGCCGGCCUGAUAUCCGUACAAACGCGCGCCGAGAAGAAGGAAGAUGCGCCGCCGCCAUCGACGAAUCCAAAUUUCAAGAGUAGAGAACAUGUCAAGCAUGUGGAUUGGUACUGGUUGCACUUUCACCCAGCCAUUGAUGCUAUCAAGUACCGUUUGUCGCGGUUGUCCAAACACAUUGACAGUAUGGGUGCGCCGACGACGGAAAAGAAGGAUCUAGAGUGUCCGAGAUGCAAGAGCCAAUAUACAGAUCUGGAAGUCAUGGACAACAUCGAUCCCCUGAGUGGUAGCUUUCUCUGCCAUCUCUGCGAACACCCUCUCGAUCCUGUAGACGAAGACCUGCAAGAAAAUGAAAGCAAAAUGCGCCUCAACACACAAGUCGCCGCCAUCGAAGCCCUGCUCCGCGAGAUCGAUCAGGCAAACGUACCAGAAAACGACUUUGAUACGGCCUUGUCGCUACACCUGCCCAUCAACAGAGGAGACGCGCAUCCAGACCGUCCAACGAGAAUCGCAGAAGAGGUCAAACCCAGCAUUGCCGGAUCCAAGGGUCUGGCUCUGGCGCCCGAAACAGUCAAGGUGCAAUUGGAAGACGACAUCACAACAAAACCAGAUCCAGAGGCUGCAAGGAUCAAGCGCGAAAAGGAGGCCAAGCAAAACGCUCUGCCCGAGUGGCUCACGAGGUCGACGGUUUCUGGCGACAUGACAACGGCAGGCGCAAAGGAGCUGAGGGAGCAACGAGAAAGAGAAGCACAUGCCGGAGGUCUCUCCGUCGACGACGCAGCAGACGAGAAGAAACUGGGAGGCACGCCAGGAAGAGACGAUGCCGUCAUGGACGACUACUGGGCCGCAUACCGUGCAGAGCAAGAAAGAGCGAGGUUGCAAGAGGAAGAGGAAGAAGAAGACGAAGACGAGGACGAGUUUGAAGACGUACCUCCAGGCGCAAGUGUACCAGACAUCAAGGUCGAGGAGGCUGAAGGUCCAGAUGCCAAACGCGUGAAGACGGAGCAAGAGGCUGAUGCUAAGCCCUUGGCCAGUGUCGCGCCUCCUGUCGAUGCCAAUGCCGAGUCUGACGAAGAUGAUAUGGAGUUUGAGGAUGUCUAG